AUGAGGAUGUUUUAUCGAUGUCCACAACCAUUGGCCAACUGUUUGGUCGAGCAUAACUCGUCGUUCUACUUAGAGAAGAUGUGGACAUAUAUGAGUGCUUUUGUGGAGAUGUACUCAACCACUUGCAUGGGUUGCAACAUUGAUAACGUUGUGUUGCAUGUGUUGCACGUGUUGCACCAAAACACAAUCACAACGAUAACAGUCGUCGAUGCGGUCGAUGCGAUGACUGAAGCGACGGCGAUGUCGGCUAUUCUUUCGCUGUCCAAUGUUGCCGAUAACGUCAUGUCCAGCAAUACUGUAUGUAGAGUAUGGAUAUGUUUGGGUUUGGGUUCAUUGAUUUGUAUGGACACGGAUGCUGUGAGACCUGUCAUUCUGGCACUACCUUCCACUCUAUGCACCGAGCCGUUUGCAUAUAGAGAAUGCGAUAAUAAGGGGCACUGGCUUUGGGGCAAUUGGACUAAUUAUACUCAAUGUCUGGAUUACAUUCAGCCAGAUUUGAGACAAAACAAUAUAAGAUGA